AGUGUUCGAUUUUUUGCCACUCUAUUCCCCUUCUCACAAACUCCGGCGGAUCGCCGACGUCUUCUCCAUUCUCUCCUCUGCUUCCGAGAAGACAAGCUCGGAAUUCUCCAAUGGAGGUGGACGUGGAGCGAGUGAGAUCGAUGAAGCAGCAGCAAGGACAAGGAGAGCAGGUGUGCCAGAUCUGUGGCGAUGGCGUUGGGACGACGGUGGAUGGGGAGCUCUUCGUUGCUUGCGAUGUGUGUGGGUUUCCUGUUUGUAGGCCUUGCUAUGAGUAUGAGCGGAAGGAUGGGAACCAGGCGUGCCCUCAGUGCAAGACCAAGUAUAAACGUCAUCGAGGGAGUCCGCCGGUGAGCGGGGAGGAUGAGGGUGCUGAGGAGGUUGCUAGUGAUGUUGAGUAUUCGGCGGGGAAUCAGGUCCAGAAGCAGAAGAUUGCUGAUCGGAUGUUGAGCUGGAGGAUGAGCCGCGGGAGAGGUGGGGAGACGGGGAUUUCCAAGAAUGAUAGUGGGGAGUUUCCCAGGAAUCACAUCCCUUUGAUCACUCAUAGUCAGGGGUUCUCUGGGGAGCUGUCUGCAGCGUCGCCUGACCAUCAUAUGAUGUCGCCUGGCGGUGGUGCUGGUGGAAUGAAGCGUGUGCAUCCUCUACCUUAUGCUUCUUCUAAUACAUCGAGAGAAUUUUCUGGGGGAUUUGGAAAUGUUGCCUGGAAAGAGAGGGUUGAUGGCUGGAAGAUGAAGCAGGAUAAGAAUGUUGUUCCAAUGACUCAUGCGACUAGUCAUGCUCCUUCAGAAGGCCGGGGUGUUGUGGAUAUUGAUGCAGCCACUGAUUAUAAUAUGGAUGAUGCUUUAUUGAAUGAUGAAGCUCGGCAGCCACUUUCAAGGAAGGUGUCCCUUCCUUCUUCCAGGAUAAACCCAUACAGGAUGGUCAUUGUUUUGCGACUGAUAAUCCUCUGCAUCUUCUUGCAUUACCGUAUCACAAAUCCUGUGAGGAAUGCUUAUCCUCUGUGGCUUGUAUCUGUGAUAUGUGAGAUUUGGUUUGCUAUAUCAUGGAUAUUGGAUCAGUUUCCUAAAUGGUUUCCAGUGAAUCGAGAGACUUAUCUUGACAGAUUGGCUUUGAGGUAUGAUCGAGAAGGGGAACCAUCGCAGUUGGCUGCUGUUGACAUAUUUGUCAGUACUGUCGACCCUUUAAAGGAGCCACCUCUUGUUACUGCCAACACAGUUCUAUCAAUUCUUGCUGUAGAUUACCCUGUUGAUAAGGUCUCUUGCUAUGUAUCUGAUGAUGGAGCUGCUAUGCUGACAUUUGAGGCCCUAUCUGAAACAUCAGAAUUUGCAAGGAAGUGGGUUCCUUUCUGCAAGAAAUAUAGCAUUGAACCCCGAGCUCCAGAGUGGUACUUUGCACAGAAGAUUGACUAUUUGAAGGAUAAGGUCCAAGCAUCAUUUGUUAAAGACCGGAGGGCUAUGAAGCGAGAAUAUGAGGAGUUUAAGGUUCGCAUCAAUGGCCUCGUUGCAAAGGCACAGAAGGUUCCGGAAGAGGGAUGGAUUAUGCAAGAUGGCACACCCUGGCCUGGCAAUAACACUAGAGAUCAUCCUGGAAUGAUACAGGUUUUUCUUGGCCAUAGUGGAGGACUUGACACUGAAGGUAAUGAGCUCCCACGGCUUGUGUAUGUGUCUCGUGAGAAACGUCCUGGCUUCCAGCAUCACAAGAAGGCUGGUGCAAUGAAUGCACUUGUACGUGUCUCAGCAGUGCUCACCAACGGAUCCUAUUUGUUGAAUCUUGAUUGUGAUCACUACAUAAACAAUAGCAAAGCUUUGAGGGAAGCUAUGUGUUUUCUUAUGGACCCAAAUCUUGGAAAAUCAGUUUGCUAUGUACAAUUUCCACAGAGAUUUGAUGGCAUUGAUAAGAAUGAUCGUUAUGCUAACCGCAAUACUGUGUUUUUUGAUAUCAACUUGAGAGGUUUAGAUGGCAUCCAAGGCCCUGUUUAUGUGGGCACUGGGUGUGUUUUCAACAGAGCUGCUUUGUAUGGUUAUGAACCGCCUAUCAAGAAACAAGAGAAGAAAGGCUUCCUAUCAUCAAUUUGUGGUGAUUCUAGAAAGAAGAGCUCAAAAUCAAGCAAGAAAAGUUCAGAUAAGAAGAAAUCAAACAAACAUGUGGACAACACUGUUCCAAUUUCCAAUCUAGAAGAUAUAGAGGAGGGCAUUGAAGGUGCUGGUGUAGAUGAUGAGAAGUCACUGCUCAUGUCACAGAUGAGCUUGGAGAAAAGGUUUGGGCAAUCAACUGUCUUUGUGGCCUCUACACUGAUGGAGAAUGGUGGAGUUCCUCAGUCUGCAACUCCCGAGUCUCUAUUGAAAGAAGCCAUUCAUGUCAUUAGCUGUGGUUAUGAGGAUAAGACAGAAUGGGGAAGCGAGAUUGGCUGGAUUUAUGGCUCUGUAACAGAAGAUAUUCUUACUGGAUUCAAGAUGCAUGCUCGUGGUUGGCGUUCAAUCUACUGCAUGCCUGAGCGGCCAGCCUUCAAAGGAUCUGCGCCCAUUAACCUUUCAGAUCGUCUAAACCAAGUGCUCCGGUGGGCCCUUGGGUCUAUUGAGAUUCUCUUCAGCCGUCAUUGCCCGAUAUGGUACGGCUAUGGUGGAAGAUUGAAGUUCCUAGAGAGAUUCGCAUACAUUAACACAAUCAUUUACCCAAUUACUUAUCCCCUCCUUCUGUACUGCACAUUGCCUGCUGUCUGUCUACUCACCAGCAAAUUUAUCAUCCCUCAGAUCAGCAACUUUGCCAGCAUCUGGUUCAUCUCGCUCUUCCUUUCCAUCUUCGCAACAGGCAUACUGGAAAUGAGGUGGAGCGGAGUUGGCAUUGAUGAGUGGUGGAGGAAUGAACAGUUUUGGGUCAUUGGCGGCGUCUCCUCUCAUUUCUUCGCUGUGUGCCAAGGUCUUCUUAAGGUACUCGCUGGUAUCGACACCAACUUCACAGUCACCUCAAAGGCAUCAGACGAAGACGGAGACUUUACAGAGCUCUACAUGUUCAAAUGGACCACGCUUCUUAUCCCUCCGACAACUCUUCUCAUUAUAAAUCUUAUCGGUGUGGUUGCCGGAAUCUCAUAUGCCAUAAACAGUGGGUAUCAAACCUGGGGUCCACUCUUUGGUAAGCUCUUCUUUGCCUUCUGGGUGAUUGUUCACUUGUAUCCUUUCCUCAAAGGUUUGAUGGGUCGCCAAAACAGAACACCUACCAUUGUUGUUGUCUGGGCUAUCCUUCUAGCUUCCAUAUUCUCCCUUUUGUGGGUUAGGAUUGAUCCUUUCACUACCAGAGUUACCGGUCCAGAUGUUCAUCAAUGUGGCAUCAACUGCUAAAUAUAUGUCUCUGUGUGUAUAUAUAUGUAUAUAUAUGUGUGUACAAAUAUACUGCUUUCAGUCUCUAGUGUUUUUGGUCUAGUGGAUAACUGCAGAUGUAUUUAAUUAGUAUUAAUAUUGUUGUUCUUUAUGGCUGUGUUUUUUAA